AGCUGGGGUGGAGCCUGGCGUCCCCUUCAGCGUCCGGCCGCGCCCGUCCUCAGGGCUGCGGCGAGACGCCAGGCUGCCGUGGCGGCCAACGGGAGCCCUUCUUGCGGUGCUCUGCCACGGUGGAACUGGACACACUGGGCUCCGGCAGCCGGGUCGCCAGCUUCUUUUCCCUUGCGGGGGCGUCGAGCUCGCGCGUGCGCAGCGCGUGAGGAAAGAGGGCCCGGACCCCCGACUGACCCCACGCAGGGCGACCGGACAGCCCGGAGGUGAAUCGAGAUGAGCUUCCCAGCGCUGCGGCUCCACUGAGGAGGAAGCCUGAAAGCAGAGGGUCGCCCGCCGGCCGCAGUGCAUGAGGCCAUGGCGUUCCUGUCCGGGCCGCGCCUGCUGGACUGGGCUAGCUCGCCGCCGCACCUGCAGUUCAAUAAGUUCGUAUUGACUGGCUACCGACCCGCCAGCAGCGGCUCGGGCUGCCUGCGCAGCCUCUUCUAUCUGCACAACGAGCUGGGCAACAUCUACACACACGGACUAGCCCUGCUGGGCUUCCUGGUGCUGGUGCCAAUGACCAUGCCCUGGGGCCAGUUGGGUAAGGAUGGCUGGCUGGGAGGUACACAUUGUGUGGCCUGCCUGGUCCCCCCUGCAGCCUCUGUGCUGUAUCACCUCUUCAUGUGCCACCAAGGAGGCAGUACUGUGUACACCCGGCUCCUUGCCCUGGAUAUGUGUGGAGUCUGCCUUGUCAACACUCUUGGGGCCCUGCCCAUCAUCCACUGCACUCUGGCUUGCAGACCCUGGCUUCGUCCAGCUGCUUUGAUGGGUUACACUGCACUGUCAGGUGUGGCUGGCUGGAGAGCCCUCACUGCUCCUUCCACCAGUGCCCGGCUUCGAGCCUUUGGUUGGCAAGCUGGGGCCCGCCUGCUGGUGUUUGGGGCCCGUGGAGUAGGGCUGGGCUCAGGAGCUCCAGGCUCCCUGCCCUGCUACCUGCGCAUGGAUGCACUGGCACUGCUUGGAGGGCUGGUGAAUGUGGCACGUCUGCCAGAGCGUUGGGGACCUGGCCGCUUUGACUACUGGGGCAACUCCCACCAAAUCAUGCACCUACUCAGUGUGGGUUCCAUUCUCCAGUUACAUGCUGGUGUUGUACCUGACCUGCUCUGGGCUGCCCACCACGCCUGUCCCCCAGACUGAGUUGUCUCCUAGCUGCCAAACCAGCCUGCCCACAGCUUCCUGGGACAAAUAAUGCCACCUUCCCUCCUUCUGCUGGUCUGGAAGGGGCUGGCUCCUUGGACGAGCCAGGACAUGGGACUUCCUAUCUGGGAGACCACUCUUCAUCCUUUCCUGUUGAUUAACCUCUUCUUGUACCCAGGCCUUCAAAUUCUAGCUACCCCUUUCCCUGCCAACUCCCCUCCAGGGUACCUCUUCACUGUCGGCUAGAAGGAAAUCGUUCUUUGGGCUUCAGUUUACCCUGUUUUACCUGAGAAUCUCUGAAUUCAUGUCUGACAGUUGAGUUCUGCCAACUUACCAAGCCUCCAUCCCAGAAUCACUGGCCCUACCUUGCCAUUCCCACAAGACACCUCCUGGACUCUUGAACUACCUUCUCUGCCCCUGCUUCCUGACCUCCAUCUUUCUGCCCUGCAUGCCAACCUCUCAGCAGCCAGAAUUUUACCAUUCCUGCAGUCAGGAUGCAGGGCAGUGAGACCAGGCCCUUUUCUCAGGACCAAGUGGGCACUGGUCCUGCUUGUAUCAUCUGGCCAGGAGACAUCAGAGGAGCUGCUGCUUUCCCUAGGCCACAGGCACAGAUGUGGAAUGGUGGCUUUGGAUUCAGGCCUCUCUGGACCAAAGACUCACCUUCAGUGCCGUGGUCUGACUGACUGACUUGCCUACCAGAGACACGUCUGCUCAGGAAAUUUCUAUACAAUGUGUGGUUCCAGCCUGCUGGCCAAAGGCCAUUCUGUAGCAGAGCAUUGCCUCACAGCCAGAUCAUCUCAGAGGACUAAGGCCCUAGGCAACAUCAAUAAAGGGAGAAGAAGCACUAUGUUGCCACAUGAACAA